AUGUCACAAUCCCUUCGCCCGUAUCUGCAGGCAGUCAGAUCUUCGCUGACCGCCGCCCUUGCUGUCUCGAACUUCGCAUCCCAGGCAUCCGAAAGACUUAACGUGCCAGCUGUUGAGUCCGCAGACUCGCCGGAACUACUGUUGAAUCCUCUAACAGUCGCGCGAAACGAAAACGAGAGAGUCCUUAUUGAACCCAGUGUCAACAGCGUGCGAGUGAGCAUUCGCGUAAAGCAGGCGGAUGAGAUCGAAAGUAUUCUUGUCCAUAAGUUUACGAGAUUCUUAACGCAACGAGCCGAGUCCUUCUUCAUCUUGCGCCGAAAGCCUGUCAAGGGAUAUGAUAUUUCUUUUCUAAUCACGAACUUUCAUACUGAGGCUAUGCUCAAGCAUAAGCUGGUGGAUUUCGUGCUAUCUUUUAUGGAAGAAGUGGACAAGGAAAUUUCGGAGAUGAAGCUUUUCUUGAAUUCUCGAGCUCGUUUUGUUGCAGAAUCCUUUCUCACUCCUGUAAGAACUUGA